AAAAACAAUUCGAGGCUGCCAAGUGAUACACGUAUAGAGAUGGGGCCGCGACACGCAAACGCACAAUGAAAUAGAACCCGGACCCACCACACCCGAAAACAGGCGCCACGUGGAAGAGUGUAGAUAAGCCGCCGACGAAGAAGAAGAAGAUAUAUCAAUGGCUAAGGUUGGAAGCGUAACCAGCCACCAGGCAAUGGCUGCGUCGCCGGCAAUUUCUUCUUCUUUCCUCCCACUCCCCGCCAUCGCAUCACUCCAUCAAACUCAGAAUCACCAACUUUACUUUCUCCACAAUAAUCCAACCCUCAGAACUCCUCCCGGAGUCAGAAGCGGCUGGUUUUCAAGGUUCAAGCUGCAAAGCUUCCUGCUGGAGUGGAACUGCCGAAAGAAGUUCCAAAAUUUCAGCCCCACAUUUCUGGGGUUCACUAGGACUGCUGAAAUAUGGAACUCCAGGACUUGCAUGGUUGGUCUUAUUGGCAUCUUCAUCGUUGAAUCUGAUUCUGAACAAGGGAAUACUUCAGAUAAUUGGCGUAGAAGUUGGCAAGGGUCUUGAUCUCCCCCUGUGAUUGUCAGUUGUCACUGAACAAUUCCGCCAUGUAUUGUUUUCUCUAUUUUUAUGGUUGCGCAACACACUUUCAGCUGUGCAGAGCCAGAUCUUCUUAAAUCCUUGAAGCAUAUUUUAUUUUGCAGUUUGGUUUAUGUAACUGAUAUUGCGCUACAUAAUUUUUAACUUCCUUGAUCUUACCACAUUUAACUCUUAACAAGAAA